AGUAGAAACUAGGAGGUCUGCGACUCUGAGAGAGAGCAUAAAAAAGAAAGCAAGUGCCCGCCAAAGAAUCCCCAAAACCAAAACCCAUCUCUCUCUCUCUCUCUUUAUCAAUCUGUCUCUCUUUUAAGUUUGGCAAGAUGAGUACCAUGAAAUUUUGCCGCGAAUGCAACAACAUUCUGUACCCGAAAGAAGAUAGGGAGCAGAAGAUCCUCCUCUAUGCUUGCCGUAACUGCGAUCACCAGGAGAUUGCUGAUAACAACUGUGUCUAUAGAAAUGAGGUGCAACACUCUGUAUCGGAGACAACACAAAUUUUGAAUGCUGAUGUGGCUGCAGAUCCAACUCUUCCUCGAACUAAAGCUGUUCGUUGCUCAAAUUGUAACCAAGGAGAAGCUGUGUUUUUCCAGGCAACUGCUAGGGGCGAGGAAGGUAUGACGCUGUUCUUUGUCUGCUGCAACCCAAAUUGUGGUUUUCGAUGGAGAGAAUGAGAUUUGAUUGCUCACCAUGUGAAGGGCAACUGAAUAUAAUUAACACCUUUAUGAUGGAUAUGCUUUAUUUUGUCCGCAGAACUUACUGACUCAGAAUUAGUACCUACUAGUUUCCGGGCUGAUUCUUGUUCUGGCCUAAAAGGUGAUUACUUGCAUUGGCAGUUUAAU